GUCACUUUCCCGCGGAGGCAUGCCCUCAGAUUUUUCUCAAAAUUACUUCCUCCGAAUUAUCAAAUCGCAGUAUGUUUAGCUGUGCUGAUGACGAGUGGGAUGCGUGGAGUACGUGGGGAGGGUGAAGCAGUCGUCUUCUUGCACCAAACUAGCGAAUCGGUGGUGGAAAUUCGAGGGCAAUUUGCACGGAUUGGCGGGCUGGACUCGGAAGGAAUUGUGGGGGUCGACUUGCGAAUGCUUCCUAAAAAUUGUACAAAGUCAACCCAGCCAGCCAGUAAUCAUGAUUCCGGGAAGAAGGAAUGGAUUGGUCUGAUUUAUUUACCAGCAGUGGAAGAAACUAUUAAGGAACAACCUUCCAGCUCCAAUCCCACAAGAUGCUCUCUUCUUGACCAAGUAAGAAAUGCCAUGUUGUUUGGUGCCUCAGCAUUAAUUGUUCUGGCCAUGAACCCUGCCCUACUCAAAGAGCUUGAUGUCCAGCAACUCUUCAAGCAGCCUGUUGUAGUCAUCCAAGAAGCUGUCAGUAUCACCAAGAUACGCAAAGCAGCAGAGAGUAAAUCAGAAGUUACUAUAAAGACCAAUGAUGGAACAUCUUCACGCUCUCAUUACUGGAACACAGCUCGACUAACCCUUUGGUCUACCUGUGGCCGAUCUAAUGGGGGAACAUACAAGGAAUGGGAAGGUGUGGUAUGCCUGGGGUCGGGCCAUUCUCAAGCAAAGGUUUUUCCAAGUUUUUGGACGACACUUUUAUCAAUAGUUGGUACAUUGUGUCUGAUGAUAAUACUCCAUGGUAAAUGGAUUACAUGGGCUGACAGUGAUUACAUAGAUGAUAUAGAGAGCUGUCUACAGAGACUCGCCAAAAAAUCACUAUCCAAAAUGCCUGCCAGGAAGUACAAGAGGAAACGUUAUAUGCUAAGCAGAGAUAAAGAGAGCUGUGCUAUAUGCCUAGAGGAGUUUAUACAAGGGAAGAUGGUUCGAGUUCUGCCAUGCUAUCAUCAAUUCCAUUGUAAAUGUGUGGAUUAUUGGUUGAUCAACAAACGCACAUGUCCACUUUGCAAGCUGAACAUUGUAGAUCGGCUGACAGGGGUAAACACAAGAAGCACUCAACUAUGACAACAGAUGAGAUAUUGAAGGCUGAGAAAUAGGAACAGCUGCUUGUGGACCCUGGUAACAUUUCAAUUUUUACAAAAAUGAAGUUUGUUUUCAAAAUUUAGUUUGUAUGUGUUCCUCUUAUGUGUACCCAAAAUCUAUUUUAAAUUGAAGUUCUCAUAGUCAUCUGUUGA